CUCGAUCCUCGUCGAUGCGAAGAAGUGUCCUCGAGAAGCUCUGAAUAGAUAUAUAUUGAAUAGAUCCCAAUUGUUCCUUUGGUCGGAGCCCUAGAACUAGAAGUACCGCGCCCUCGCACAAGUUCGUGAGUUUGCUCGAUCGAUAGACUGACAGACACACAUUGUUGGUAUCGAGCUCAGAAGACAACUACUUAAUGAGCGCAGCGCGGCGAGAUAUCGAACGAUAACAAUAUUCUUGGACAACGCUCAAGCGGUUGGAAAGGGAUCUGUUCCUAAACUUGCGUUGAAGAAUGAGGAAUGGAUGUGAGUUGGUUGAAGAGAUUGACGCAUCCUACCACAUUUUCAGCACUGCCACUCAUCCACGAGUAACGUAGACAGAUCUUCUGUAGCUACACGCUAAUAUAGUCAUCGAGCUAUAUUCGAAGGAAAAGACAGACAUCAGAAUUGAAUACAACAGGAAGAGGAAUUAUCGGGAGCCGAUCCAGCCACCAGGCUGUGAAUUAUUUGCGAAUAUUUGGUCAUCAUGAACAAAAAAGGACGCCGACGAGCCAGACAGAUCAGUCUUCGAAGUGCAGCCGAUUCUCCAAGACCGAGCAAAAUUCGGAAACGCAACAACGCCUCGUCGAAUCCUGGGUCCAAGCAUGCGGACGAUGAGGAGCAAGACGAAGCCUCUGUCUUGGAUGAGAUACCAGAUGGACCGCUGGAGAUGAUACUCAGUCGUCUGUCCGUGGUGGAGAUUCUGCAAGGCAGAACGGUGUGCAAGAGAUGGAAGAACGUGAUCGACUCGCCGACCUUCGCCAAGUUCCAUGACCUGACGAACGCAUCGUGUCCGGAGCCAUGUUUCAUGCUGCAUUGGAUCGUAGGAAGGCACCACGUGAUGCGAGCAUACUUCCCGUUCGCGGAUACGUGGAGAGCUCUGCCGGCCUCGACGAUCCAGCCGCAGAGGAGCGGGUACAACACACGUGCCAGGAAGAAUCUCGUCGCGCCGCCCAUCGUCGCAUUGCGAGUGGACCUGUCCCGAUUCGAUCGAGGCUUUUGGUGCGUGCACUCCAAAUACUUCGGCCCUUUCCGGCAGACCGGCCGCAGACGGAGGUACAGAACGCUCUCGGACAUUUACGGCUUCAAACUCACGGUCCACAAUCCGGUGUCGGGCUGGUGCACGCUGCUGCCGGCGCAUCCGGAUCCGCAGCUGAACUCGCACCCGCAAUGCGGAGUUUCCGUCAUCACCAACAGCCGCGACCGGAGCUUCCAGGUUCUGUGCGCGGGAGUGUACCUGCACAACUACGACGAGGAGGCGGCGACCGGAGAACCGGCUCAGUGCCCGAUCACGCUGCUGUUCGACUCGAUCUCGAACCAGUGGUCGCGAGUCGCCGACCUCCCACUGGACUAUCUCGCCUUCCGGGGCGACGACACGAAGCAGGCCACGCGCGCCGACUGCGGUAACAUCUCGUACUUCGUAGUCCAGCGGUUCCAUCAGCUGCUGCUGCUGGCGUUCGACCGCGACGCCGGGUCGUGGACCGUCGUGCCCGGCUGCAUGCCGCAGCAGGAGAGCUCUUACAUGUUCGACGCCAUCACGCUCGUGCCGUCGUCGACGACGCGGUCGCUGAUCCUGGCCUUCCGAAACGGGCCCGUGAACAGCCUCUUCAGCGGCCAGGGCCUCUUUCCGCUCAUCUUCUCGUGGAGCCUGGAGGCGUCGCCGGACGUCCAGGACUGGACCCUGAUGGACGUGCCGGCGCCGCCGCUGCUGAACUUCCCGGCCGAUUAUCGCCAUCUGCUGUUCACUUUCAGGUGGUACGCCAAAGGGGAUUUCAUGUUCUUCACUUGCACCGAGUUGUGGGGCAUGGGGGCCCUCAUCUUCAACUUGGUUCUCCGCCAGUGGAAGCCCAUCUCCAUCGCUGCCAGUGGCCUCGCUCAUCCGUUCGAUACCAUUCCUCAGAUCGUCCCGUUCGAGGUGCAGCUCUCGUCGGUUCUCAAUUUGAGUGCGUACUAGUCACGGUCCGAAUGCUCGAUCAGACUUGGCAUCACCCUGUGUGCCCAUGGACGAUACGAAAAGCUUGACAUUGUAGACAUUGCCAACUAUAUAUAUAUAUAUAUCACAGCGUCUUUCGACUGCGAGAGAGAGAAGGAUUGUGGAUAAUGAUGAUGUGGGGAUGAGGACAAGUUGGAAUGGUCGCCAUGGUGGUGAUAUACACUCGAUGAAAGUUAUGAGGCAAAAUGUCUGACGGGGAUUAAACCAACCCAAGCGAAACGGGUGAGGGAAGAUGGUGGUCUGACGAUGAUAUCGAUAGAGACUUAAGCCCCGAGUUCAGGAUAACUCCAGCCAGUAUGACUGACAGACAGAAAGACAGGUCGGAUGAUGGAGAUCAAGACUCUUGUUUGCAAGAUCAUUACUUAUGGACUUGAGGGGAGUUGCUGCGUAGCUAGUUGUGUUUCUAUAUUCUCACCAUCAUGCCAGUGCAAGGAGUUACGAAUAAUGCACUGCUAUUUUAGAUAGCAUCCUAAGAAAAUUGAAGGGUUUAUGCAGAGAUUACUGGAAUAGGGCAUAUGAUCGUACGAAUCUCCUCUUUUAAAUGGUUUGUAGAAACUAGUCUAAGCUAUUUCAAAUACUGGCGUAAAUCUAUUUGUUUGUCUGGCAGGAAUGUUUAUCUAGGUUGAGCCUAAUGUAA